UAUGUCACUGGGAUGAUCGGCAUCUGAAUUAGAAACUUGCCACACAGAGAUCCCACAACAACCUGAAUGGAAAACAGGAUGUUUGUCUAGUGUAAUUUGGAAAUGUCUGCAUUCUCAGACAUUCUCACCAUUCUCACAAAAAAAACAGAGGUUGUUCCACAGAGUUGAAGAUAUGAGACUCCUUCUACUUCUGAUCAUGAUCCAAGGCAUGAAUAGUGAAGAAACCUGUAGUGGCAAUGGAACUUUAACAAUGCUAAACAACACUGAAAUGGAGCUGAUCAUCUCACAUACAUCACUGAACAUCACUGUCAGAGACACCGUGGGAAAUUUAUUCUGCAAUAUGAACAGUUAUUCAUGUUAUAUUGAGUGUUCCUUUUACAAUUUCUUUAAUAGCACAAACUUUACCACACCAGAAAAUUUUACCAUAUGUGUGAAUAUGGAGGAUGCAUUCAGAAUUGACUUCCACAUAAAACAUGUGACAAUAUUGUCAUAUUGUAUUGUGGUACCAUGCUUGCUUCAAAACAUUACCAACUUAAUGGAAUGGAAACAAAGUCAGAUGAAUGUUCCAAAAGAUCUGACAAACAUUCUAAAUGUGAAAAGAAUGUGCAAAGUUGUGUUUGAUGAGUCUGAAAUAGUGGAUUACUACAUGACAGUGGAGAGGAAAGCCAUAAACAACAUUAUAAAUAUGAACAUUUCUGAGCAAUCCAAGACCUACAGUUUUGAGGAUCUCACCAUGACUGUGGUUAAGUUGAAAUUAAGCAAGGAUGACAGUCUUCCAAUCACUGUUGUAAUAGAUGAUUCUGUUGUGAUACAGACUUCGAUCCCAGGGGAGCCUUUCCAAAAUGAGUCCCAGAACAAUGUUGGUGUCAUUAUCUACGAUUCCGAUGAGAUCUUUAUGUUUAAACUGAGCAAUGGAUCACUAAUGUCCAAGGUCAUAAGAAUUGAAGUUCCCGGACGAGAUAUUGUGAACUUGGUCCGUCCAGUUAUAAUGCACUUCCCAGUGAAUUAUUCCACAAUUAAUUCAACUAACUACCAUUCCUGUCAGUUCUAUGAUGAAAAAGGAGACAAAACCUGGAAAAAGGAUGGGUGUGACACUAAUCCAAUCAAAGAUUAUGUUGUGGAGUGCUCCUGUAACCACAUGACCCCAUUUGCUGUUCUUCUUGUUGAGCUGAAUAUUGACCAACUCCACUGGGAUAUAUUGUCAAUCAUCAGCUACAUAGGCUGCGGGCUGUCUGCUUUAUUUUCUGCUUGCUCCAUCUUGUCCUAUAUUGUCAACAGUAAUGCAAGGAAAGAAGUGUCGAGCAGCAUCCAUGUGUCUCUGAGUGGCGCUCUGUUGCUCCUCAACAUAAGCUUCAUGCUCAGCGAGUGGGCUGCCACACUGACAAUGAAUGGAGUUUGUGUGUUUAUUGCCGUGGCGAUACACUACAGUCUGCUGUGCUGCUUCACCUGGAUGGCCAUUGAAGCCUUGCACCUCUACAUUCUUCUCAUCAAAGUGUUCAACAUUUACAUAAAAUACUACAUGCUCAAGAUGUCCCUGAUCGGAUGGGGAAUCCCUGCUCUUAUUGUUGGAGGCUUGCUAACGGUUUAUGAUAGUCAUCCUUUUUAUGGCAGCAAAGCAAUGACACUUUCAGAUACCAAUACAACAAAUGCAGUAUGCUGGAUCAAAGAGCCUCUCAUCCUCUAUGGCGUGAACCUUUCCUACUUCACCCUUGUGUUCCUGCUUAACUUCGGAAUCCUAAUCACAAUCUCCAAACAGAUCUUCAUGCUACGGAAAGUGGACAUCAAACAUGAGAGGAUACAAACUUGCAAAGAUGUCACCACAGUGCUGGGCCUCAUGUGUCUGUUGGGCACCACAUGGGGUUUGGCCUUCUUCACCUCUGGAUAUACCAACUACCCAAUACUGUACCUUUUCUGCAUCUUAAACACAAUGCAAGGGUUUUAUAUCUUUAUGUGGAUGUGUGUGACAGUGAGGAAAAACCAACAGCAAGCAACUCAUUCCAGGACUAAAUCCACUAUGGACUCCUAAACAUAGAGACAUCCCAAGCCAUUUUUUAACUAAGACACAUUUCAUGAGAAGACAUGUUCUAGUGGUUUGGCUCCAUUUUGGACCUUUUAUUUUUGUCAUAAUUAACUUUUUUUAUUUUACAGAUAUUCAAAACAACCAAACAUGACAAUAUAUUAUCCACUCCACCAACACACAGGAUGCUUUUAAAAAGAUGGUUAACCCCAAAAUGAAAACUUUGUCCUCAUUUACAACAAAUGAGAUGUAAGAAAUGACUCAGUUUCACCAUGAGCUGUUUGGUUUAGCUUUUAUCUAGAGUACUUCCUUCACAGCUGAUAACAGUCCAUCAUGGUCAAUUUAGAAACAGAUUUCUGUUUGAAACUAUCCAGAAAUAAACCACACAAUAGCUCAUGUUAAAAAUGUUAACAACUAUUAUUUGUAAAUAAGAAACUGUAAAUACAUUUUUUAUUAUUAUUAGUGUUAUCAAGUUGAGUAAUAAAUGUUUAUGUCUAAAAUGAUUUGCCCAAGUGUAUUUUUGUGCCAAUUUGCAACACAUUACAAUAAUGUUAGUGCCAGAACAUUUCAUUGCUAAUAAAGGGUCAGUUCACCAAAAACAUUUUUUAUUAAUUCAUCAUUUACUCAUUUACCCUCAUGCCAUCCCAGAUGUUCUCACCCAAAACCAACUGGAUCCCUUCAGUAGACUUGGAUUAAACCACUGAAGUCUUAUAGAUUACUUUUAUGAUGCUUUUAUCUCCUUUUUGGAGCUUUUGGAAUUCUGGUCACCAUUCACUUGCAUUAUAUGGAUCUACAGGGCUGAGGUAUUUUUCUAAAAACCUUAAUUUGUGUUCAGCGGAAGAAAGAAAGUCAUACACAUCUGAGAUGGCAUGAGGAUGAGUAAAUGAUGAGAGCAUUUUCAUUUCUGGGUACACUAUUCCUUUAAGUGACAACUUAACACAAAUAGUGCAUUCAGCUGUUGUCGUUUUUUUUUUAUUUAUUAUUAUUAUUGUUAUUAUAUUUAUGUUUUUAUUCAUAUCUGU